AUGAAUAGGCAGAGAAACCUGCAGGCCAUAAAAAAUUUCUUUGACUGCAUUGCCUUUUUCCGGCCUGGCUCGGCCAGGCUCCGCUCGGCUCGCCCCGCAUCCCCUGGCCCGGCUCGCCCCGCCCCGCCCCGGCAAGGCUCGCCUCGCCCCGCCUCCCCUCAGCCUGGCACGACUCCCCUCGCCCCGCCUCCCCUCAGCCUGGCACGGCUCCCCUCGCCCCACCUCCCCUCGCCCUGGCACGGCUCCUCUCUCUCCGGCACGGCUCCCCUCGCCCCAGUACGGCUUGCCCAGGCAGGGCUCGCCUCGCCCCGCCUCCCCUCAGCGUGGCACGCCUCCCCUCGCCCCCCCCCCCUGGCCGGGGUCGCCCCUGCCCGCCCCGGCACUGCUCCCCUCGCCCCGCCACCCCAGGCCCCCCACCCCUCAGCCUGGCACGGCUCCCCUCGCCCCAGCACGGCACGGCUCGCCUCGGCACGGCUCACCCCGCCCAGGCACGGCUCGGCUCACCCCGGGACGCCUCCCCUAGCCCUGCCUCCCCCUCGCCCCGGCUCUGCUCCCCUCGCCCCGCCCCGGGGCUCGCCCCGCCUCCCCUCGCCCAGGCAUGCCUCCCCUAGCCCCGCCUCCCCCUCGCCCUGGCAGGGCUCCCCUCACCCCACCUCCGCUGGCCCGGCUCGCCCCACCUCCCCUCGCCCGACACCCUUCAGCCCGGCACGGCUCCCCUCACCCCGCCUCCCCUGGCCCGACUCCCCUCAGCCUGGCACGGCUCACCCCGCCCAGGCACGGCUCGGCUCGCCCCGGGACGCCUCCCCUAGCCCUGCCUCCCCCUCGCCCCGGCACGGCUCCCCUCACCCCGCCUCCCCUGGCCCGCCUCCCCUCAGCCUGGCAUGGCUCCCCUCGCCCCAGCACGGCACGGCUCGCCCCGCACGGCUCGGCACGCUCCGGCACGGUUCGGCACGCCCCGGCACGGCCUGCCCCGGCACGGCACGGCACGCCCUGGCACGCGUGGCACGCCUCCCCUCGCCCCCCUCCCCUGGCCGGGGUCGCCCCUGCCUGCCCGGCACUGCUCCCCUCGCCCCGCCCCGGGGCUCGCCUCGCCCCGCCUCCCCUCGCCCCGCCUCCCCUCAGCCUGGCGCGGCUCCCCUCACCAAGGCACGGCUCGGCUCUCCCCGGACGCCUCCCCUAGCCCUGCCUCCACCCUCGCCCCGGCACCGCUCCCCUCAUCCCGCCUCCCCUGGCCUGGCUCGCCCCGCCCCGCCUCCCCUCGCCCGCCUCCCCUCAGCCUGGCACGGCCCCCCCUCGCCCAGGCACGGCUCCCCUCGCCGCGGCACGGCUCCCCUUUCCCCCCUCCCCUGGCCCGGGUCGCCCCGGCCCGCCCUGGAACUGCUCCCCUCGCCCCGCCCCGGGGCUCCCCUCACCCGCCUCCCCUGGCCCGGCUCGCCCCACCUCCCCUUGCCCUGGCACGGCACGGCCCGCCCCGCCUCCCCUCGCCCGCCUCCCCUCAGCCUGGCACGGCUCCCCUCGCCCCCCUCCCCUGGCCCGGGUCGCCCCGGCCCGCCCCGGCACUGCUCCCCUCGCCCUGCCCCGGGGCUCCCCUCGCCCCGCCUCCCUUGGCCCGCCUCCCCUCAGCCUGGCACGGCUCCCCUCGCCCCGGCACGGCUCCCCUUGCCAAGGCACGGCUCGCCCCGGGACGGCCCGGCUCGCCCUACCCCGCCUCCACUCGCCCCACCUCCCCUUGCCCUGGCACGGCAUGGCCCGCCCCGCCUCCCCUCGCCUGCCUCCCCUCAGCCUGGCACGGCUCCCCUCGCCCCGCCUCCCCUGGCCCGCCUCCCCUCAGCCUGGCACGGCUCCCCUCGCCCAGGCACAGCUCCCCUCGCCCCGCCCCGGCACGGCUCGCCCCGGUAUAGCUCGCCCAGUCACGGCUCCCCUCGCCCCGCCUCCCCUUGCCCUGGCACGGCUCGCCCCGGCACGGCUCGCCCCGCCUCCGCUCGCCCCACCUCCCCUUGCCCUGGCACGGCACGGCUCGCCCCGCCUCCCCUCGCCCGCCUCCUCUCAGCCUGGCACGGCUCCCCUCGCCCCGGCACGGCUCCCCUCGCCCCCCUCCCCUUGCCCUGGCCAGGCCAGGCCUGGCUCUCAACAUACCUGCAGCUCAAUGUAGUUGAGAGUGGGGUGGCUGUGAAUAUGUGUGCAGUGCGCCCCCCCUUCCCCCGCACUUCCGAUCUGAGUGUGCUCGGUCAGGUGCUUGAUCUCGCCUGUCCUGUUCCUGUCCCUACAAUUGGUAAUUUGCCCUCUCGGCUGCUGCAGGAAUUACGAAGAUUGUUAGCAAACCACGGGAAUGAAAGCAGGCAAGUUGGCCUGAUCUUCAGCCCUGGGGGAGAGGAUGGUUUUUGA